CCAGCCAGGUUGGUGGUGUAUGGUACACCAGCCAAUCCGCUUCCCAAAUAACUCCCCUUUAUCUCCCCUCUCUCCGACGUAUUCCCUCCAUUUCUCCGCCCCAUCGCCGAUUCCCGACUCACAUCGCAUUUCUAGAAACUCGGUCUCUCCAACCUCCGCCGAUCCCACUCAAAAUGCUCUGCUCAAUCUCGACCGGAAAAUCCGGUUCGACCUGGCUCGACCGCCUCCGUACCUCCAAAGGCUUCCCGGUCCAAACCGGCCUCGACCUGGAGCAUUUCCUCAACCCUAACCCUACUUCCAAAGUCCCCACCAACCCCAUCCCAGAAGAAAACUCUACCGGCUCGAAUCACGACGCAACCCUCGAUGGUGAAAAAUCCACCGUUGAUCGCAAGAAGAAAACCUCAUCGAAUCCCACCCCGCCAAUGAUGAUAGGCGAAAAAAAUAAUGAAGAUUGGUUCGAUAUAAUGAGCAGCGUCUUGUCGGAACUCUUCAACAUGGGAGACUCUUCAAGAAUCCGAGCGCUCGAUGUAAGGAGGAAGAAGAGCUCCCGGAAGCAGUCGAACCCUAGGAUCUGCCCGCUGUCCACGUCUGCGAGUGUUGACGAUAGCUGCCUAGCCGGCGUCCCCGCAAUGUCGCCAUCCAGCGUUGACAACAGCGUCGCGGAAGUGAAGGAAUCGAGGAAGCAAGGGAUUGCUGAAUCCUUAAAUCCGGAAGAUGAGAUCUUGCAGGCAGUCACUGUCGAUUCGGAUCUGUCUGCUUUUUCCCGUGCGGAGGUGACGAUUAUAGACACCAGCGCUCCGGCUUGGAAGUCGGAGAAGCUGAUUUAUAGAAAGGGGAGUGUUUGGAAGAUAAGAGACAAGAAGCGGAAUUCGUGGAAUGCGUUAGCAUGUCGAAAGAAGAGGAAAUUAGGUCAAAGGGAUGGAGAUGGCGGGGAGGAAAAGCAGCAGAAGUCUUCGUUUUUACCAUCCAAUUCAUUCAAAGAAGCCGUUAGUGAAGAGCAUUUAAUCUCAUCGAAUGAAGGAUCCAUACGAGUUGUUGAGAAGCGCCCAAUUGGAUGUAAUGGAUUGGGUUUCAUCUAUUAAGGCCGGUUUGGGCGUGCUUCUAUUUCAUUGUUAUUGGGUAAUUCCAGUAUCAAUUGGGGCCUUUUUCCUUGCCUAGUGUGGGGAAGGCUUGGGCCAUGGCAGAAAGUUGUGGAGGCUCUCUCCUUGCUAGUUUAUGGACUUUGAGGAAAGGAAUGAUGGAUAUUUUCACAAUAAAUGUAGGGAUCCGUACAAGGUGUUGAGAAGCGCCCAAUUGGAUGUAAUGGAUUGGGUUUCUUCUAUUAAGGCCCUUUCCAUUUGUUCUCUAGCCUCUAUCUUGGGCUUUUGUUCUAGAAUUUGGUGUAGCCAUGUUGUUGUCGUCUUCAUAAAAUAAGCUUAGUCAUCUUUUAAAAAAGAAAAAAACAAAAAACUCAAGCCAGUGAAUACACUUUGAUAUACCUCAGAAGAGCCGUGCUAGAAUGGCAGACAUGACCACUCAUAAGGUAAAGUUCACUAAAACAUGUCCUGGACCAAAAUAUAGUAUUAGUCCACUAGAAAAAUGGAUGUUCGGACAAUAAGUCCAGCGAUCUAUAUUCAAAGCACGUGUGGCUUGCUUGAUGAGUGUACCAUUUUCAUUUUUGGUUUAUGACGUGUUCAUUGUACACAAAAUACCAAAUGAAUGGCCCAAAUCUUUCACUAGAUUGUCAACGGUUCGGGUCAUAGGGUGGCCCUAUGGCCUACCCGAGAUGAUUACGUUCCAGUCUUGCUAGGUUCAAACAAUAUUUUAAAUAAAGAAUAGCGUGUAGCAUAGCGUUCACCCCUUUGAAGCAUGGGGCGUAAGCUACAAUGUGUAGCUUACUCUACAUGCUACUUUAGAUUUUUAUCAAAGUUGCGUUUGGUUGCACCAAUUCAUGAUAUUUUGCACCAAAUUAGACUAAUUAAUAAUGAAAUUUAACACAAAUUCAUGAUAUUUGGUGCAACCAAGCGCAACCGAAAGUAAUAGGAAAGGGCAAUGAUUAAAUAUGAAGGUAAAGAAAGAGCAAUGAAACUGAUUGAAUAUUGUUACUUGCGUUAUUUUACUAAAAGCAUUAAAAAGAUUAGCUAAUUUUUAUUGAAAUUAUAAAAAUGUAAUCAAUUAUUGAAAACAUUAAUUGAUUUUAAUGUUGUAGUGAAAAAUAACUUGUAACGUAAGCUACAUAGUGUGUAGCAUAGUCUAUGUAGAAUGUAACAUACGCAAAUCAUCAUAUAACACAGGCUAGCAUAACUAUUUGAUCACUAGGUCCAAGUCUAGCUUUUGAGGACCUAGACCUGUUCCUGGAUCCAAUCAGGUUGGUGUCGUCGUCAGAUCUUUGGACCUUGGUUUUAAGUUGCAUUUGGGUCAGGUCUGGGUCAAGGGCAUUUGCAUGGUCUGGGUCAGGACCGGCGUACACAAACGGGCUACACUGACACAUGCAUGGUGUGUAAAUGGGCUUUAUCUUAAGUGUGUAACUUAGUAAACCUCAUUCUGUUGCUAGAGUAAUUAAUUUAUAUUUACUAUAUGUGACAUCAGUAUUAAAAUUAACUGGACCCUACCCAGGCCCGACUGACCUGUUUUCGACUGGGUCUAAGAUGGUGGUCUAUUCUUCCUUAUCAAACCUGACUAGAUCCAUUUUGUAACUAGGAUUCAAUGUGGCAGUACCAUGACCUGAUCCAUUUUGUAAACAGUUACAUAACAUUGUCAGACCCGUUAAAAUCUAGUUGGGUGCAUUUGGUACCCAUGGGUCCAAGUACCCGUUGACAACCCUAGCUCACUUGUGCCAUGUUGGGUAGAUCAUGUUUAAGAUUAUAUUUUGGUCUUGGAUUUUGCCGAGAAAAGGGAGAGAGAGAGAAAGGGAGAGGGGAAGGAUGCAGUGAGGAGUGAGAGGUGUUAAAUCAGGAUGGGAUUAUGAAGGGUAAAAUUGGCAGUAAGUUCGACUAAAUGGGCUUCGAUGAUCUCUUCUGGUGGGGGCUGUUUAUUGACAACUAUUGUAUAAUGGGUUUUCAUGGAAUGAAAUUAUACAUGUGGGGUUUUGUGUCCUA